UGCAGGCGCCAAAAUCAAAACAACAGCCCCGCGUUCGCCCACACCACCGCCCACGGCAUCACAGAUCAUACAUCUCUCGUGCUGCUUCAUCAAUUCAUCGUUCAUGCACCUAAAGCACACGCGAUCCGAAAACCUAUACCCCGGCCGUACAUCGUCCUGGAAGCGUCUUCGACUCCUGACCCCCGCCUCACGCCCGUUUCCGCCCGCUCCCUCCGCCGACUUCUCCCCUCGCCCUCAGGCGCCGAGUUCGUCUCAAUUCGCUCUCACUCGCGAGAACCUGCGGAUCACCCAAGCAUUCCUCGACCCUAUCAAUGGCGACACGCAACUCACGAACAUGCGCAAGUACAUGCGCAACAUCCUCGAUUUUGCCGUAACGUCACGGCUAGACAAGAUCAAAGCCGCAAUUUCGAUGCGGAAAGAGAAGUCAAUGAAGGCUCUGCCGCCGCCGCUUACCCCGACAAGCCCGGCGAGUCCAUGCCCGCCGGGCAAGAGACAGAGGGAGGAAUGAACGAGCGAAGAUGCUUAUAUCUCGACCGCUUUUCUCCCGGAGGCGCCUAGUGACGACGUGCUAGGACACUAUGGGUAUCUCACGCGUCGGGAAGGCGAGACCCAUGAUCCACCACUGAAGCCUUGUCAAAGAAACAGGACGACUGGCUCCAUACUGUUGGGGUAGUGUACCGGGAGAUCCGCCAACAUUGGACGGGUUGACGUUGGGCUCCAUUGCGACCGUUGGGAUUUGCAGAGGUUCAUUCGCAUUGGAAGGGAGUCUACCAUCCACCAAGCGCGCUGCACAGUGGCGCUUGGAAGCCGGAAGCUAAUGCGCAUAGUGAAGCUAGAGGUUCUUAGUCUUGGUUUCCUUUUUUUUUCUUUUUACAGACUUUGGUUACAGAGGUUGGCGAUAGGCGGGCAACUUACUAGGUCUAAAGGACCGAAGAAGGGGUGUUCGAUGAUAUGGGGG